AAAGAAAUUCUGACCCAAAAUUCGUGUUCUCUUUCUUUCUCCUCCGAUUCCUGCGUCGAAUUGGGAAGUCUUGAAUUGUUUCACUUCACUUUGGCCUCAAAUUCGAUUCCAACCAAGUAUGUGAACGCCACUGUCGUGUCGUGUCGUGUCGCGUUGCGUUGUCUCUGUUUGUUGCGCUGUUUGCUACUGUUCUGUUCGGAUCUUCCAAGCAUGAAUCUCACUCUCACCAACGGAAAGGGAUCCACGUCAACGGUUACUUCCGCCGCCGUUAUGAAAUCCUCCGACGCCGUCUCCGACCAGUUUCCGGCCGGUCUCCGGGUUCUGGUGGUCGACGAUGAUCCCACGUGCCUCAUGAUCCUCGAGAAGAUGCUCCGCACGUGCCUCUACGAAGUUACGAAAUGCAAUCGAGCAGAAACUGCACUCUCACUUCUGAGGGAGAGCAAAAAUGGGUUUGACAUUGUUAUAAGCGAUGUGCAUAUGCCGGACAUGGAUGGAUUCAAGCUUUUGGAGCUUAUUGGGUUGGAGAUGGACCUUCCUGUUAUUAUGAUGUCUGCGGAUGAUGGCAAAAGUGUUGUUAUGAAGGGUGUGACUCAUGGUGCUUGUGAUUACCUGAUUAAGCCAGUUCGCAUUGAGGCUUUGAAGAACAUAUGGCAGCAUGUGGUGAGGAAGAGGAAGAAUGAAUGGAAAGACACUGAGCAAUCCGGCAGUGCUGAAGAAGGAGAUCGGCAACCCAAGGCUUCUGAUGAAGCGGAUUACUCUUCCUCCGCGAAUGAAGGGAGUUGGAGAAACUCGAAGAAGAGAAGGGACGAGGAGGAUGAGGCAGAAGAGAGGGAUGACACAUCCACGUUGAAGAAGCCGCGAGUGGUAUGGUCUGUGGAGCUCCAUCAACAGUUUGUGGCUGCUGUGGAUCAACUGGGAAUUGACAAGGCUGUUCCUAAGAAAAUUCUGGAAUUGAUGAAUGUUCCUGGGCUCACUAGAGAAAACGUUGCCAGCCACCUGCAGAAAUACCGUCUGUAUCUUCGAAGGUUGAAUGGAGUUUCUCAGCACCAGAAUAACAUGAACAACUCCUUUCUUGGCCCCCAAGAGGGAACAUUUGGGACUAUUUCUUCAAUUAAUGGGAUUGAUCUUCAAACUCUUGCAGUUGCUGGCCAGCUCCCAGCACAAAGUCUUGCAACACUUCAAGCAGCCGGACUAGGUAGGUCAACUGCAAAAGCUGGUGUUCCUAUGCCUAUCAUGGACCAAAGAAACCUUUUCAGUUUUGAAAACCCAAGGUUAAGAUUCGGAGAAGGCCAACAGCAACAUUUAAGCAGUAGUAAACCAGUGAACUUAUUGCAUGGAAUCCCUACCAACAUGGAGCCAAAGCAGCUUGCCAAUUUGCACCAGUCUUCCCAAUCCCUUGGCGGCUUGAAUAUGCGAGUCAAUGCUUCUGCUACACAAGGCAACCACUUAUUGAUGCAAAUGGCACAAUCCCAACCUAGAGGUCAGAUGCUAAGUGAAAAUACUGGUCCUCGUGUUCCCAGACUUCCAUCAUCUUUGGGGCAGCCCACUGUAUCAAAUGGAAUUUCUAAUGGUCUUCUGGGCAGAAAUGGGAUUGCUGGUAAUAACAGAGGACCUGCUUAUAAUCCUGUUCUGCCGAGCACUUCGUUGUUGAAUUUUCCAAUGAAUCAAGCCUCUGAAAUGUCUGUGAAUAAUAGUUUCCCUCUUGGAAGCACUCCAGGUAUAUCCAGCAUCACAACAAAAGGCUCAUUUCAAGACGAAGUUACAUCAGGAAUUAAAGGAUCUGGUGGAUUUCCAAGUUAUGAUAUUUUUAAUGAACUGCACCAUCACAAGUCUCAUCAUGAUUGGGAUAUAACAAACCCAGGCCUGACAUACAAUGCCUCCCAGCAUGCAAAUCCUUUACAAGGUAACAUUGAUGUCUCACCAUCAGUUUUAGUGCAUCAAGGCUUUUCUUCUACACAACAGACUGGCCAAAGCAGAGACUCCGCUUUGAUCGGAAAAGCUAUGUUCUCCAUGGGAGAAGGCUUGCAACAAGAUAACCUCCAAAAUGCUGGUCAACACCUCAAUCCGCUUCUUGUCGACAAUUCAAUAAGGGUCAAGGCUGAAAGAAUUCCUGAUGCAAGCUCCCAGACUAACCUCUUCCCUGAGCAUUACGGACAAGAGGAUCUGAUGAGUGCACUUCUAAAACAGCAGGAAGGCAUGGGACCAGCCGAGAAUGAGUUUGAAUUUGAUGGAUAUUCACUGGACAACAUUCCUGUCUAGAACAAACCCUGGCCAUUUGUUUCUGAUUGCAGUAGCCGGUGUAAAUAGUUUCUGUUACACAAGCACAUUAUCAUCCUGCAGUUAGCUAUUUUGGAACCGAGUCUAAAUUGUUCAACAAACAGAAUUUGGUUGAUGUCAAAUGUUCAGAAUUCUGGGAGUAGUGUUUUGUAAUGGUUUGGUCUGAAUGCUCAAGAUGAAUCAGCUACAAACCUCUACUGCAUAUAUGCACAAGCACAGAGCAUGUGCAAUUUUUGACUGCUAUUGAUAGCAAAAUUGCUAGCAAGCUUCUAAUUUUAGGGUGUUCUUGAAGGUAUGUUGGCAUAGGGCAGAAUUGCAGAAGCAAGGUUUUGAUACAUCUGCAAAGUUGUCGUAGGAGCAUUUCUAACUUCAAUAACAAAUUAUGAAUUUUUUUCUUCUUCUGUUCCUUUUGUAAUUUAUGUCAUUCAAAGUAAGUAAUGACUUCCGUAAGCUUGUAAAUAUUGCAUUUGGCUGCUUUAGACAUUUGGUCUGGCCAUUCUUUUCUGGUUGCUUCUGUACUUCCAUACUCCUAUGUUUUUUAUGUUCAUCAAGUUAUGCAUUCUUUGUAAAUGAACAUGAUUAGGUACUCGUUUGAGAUUUUAUAGCUAUCAAUCUAUACAAUAUUGCAAGA